UCAGCGUCGGCGAGGCUCGUCCCUACUUCCUGUAUCGUAGCAGGAGCUGUAGAGCUGCGGCCUCUGUCAGGAAGUAAACGGCAUUCCUGUGCGUGGUACAUAGAAAAUGGUUCGAAUUUUGGCCAAUGGAGAAAUUGUCCAAGACGAUGACCCACGGGUGAGGUCAAGAGAGAACACUCGUCCGGGAUUUUUUAACACAGCAAACAAUGCUGGAGCAGGACGUCCGCAAGCUCCAGGAGAUGGGGCAAGAGAGAACGGCCGAUCUCCUUUCACUGAUAUUAACCAGCAGCUGGUCAACAUGGGCUUCCCUCGAUGGAACCUUGGCAAUCAAGUGGUGGAGCCAGUCAUGUCGAUACUUCUGCUGUUCCUCAUACUUAUGUUGGGUGUCCGUGGUGUGCUUCUGAUAGGCUUAAUAUAUGUUGUUUCACACCUAAGCCAGCGAUAAGCUAGGAGGAGGUACUUUGCAUACCUGGUGGGGGUUUUUCCCACCAUUUUUUCUAAAUCAUGACAAAUGCGAUAUUUUGAUGUCUGCAGCACAGAGCUGCUACUGCCAAAAAGUAUCGCAAUUCGAUCAACUUUGAAAUUUGUACUUUGAAGACCGAUUCUACUAUACCUUAUAUGAUAUUGGAUUAUCCUAUUACAAUACCUUUUACUACAGGCUUAACCCUGCUCAAAACGUUUUUUGUUUUUUUUACAGAUAAGAUGAUGGCUCGUUUAUGUAACCCCUUUCAUUUAAUAUGUAUAGUGGACUUGUAAACAAAAACAAAGACAUUGGUUAAUUAGGAGUGCAUGCAAAUUACUGAUAUUUUGUUAUCAUUUUUUACCUUACCGUUUGUCGGUAUUUGUAAUUAAAGAUUUUGCUCAACUGU